UUUUAAUAUUUUUUUAGACUGGAAGAGCUCUGGAGGGAAACAAGACGUAUUUAUCAUUCCUUCUGUAUUAUCAGAUGUUCCAUCCUACCUUGACGACUGUUAUUGUUCCGUUCGUUCUUCUAUCAAUUGCUAACUUCAAGAUUUAUAAGAGACUGGUAGCGAGGAGACUUAGAACAGUUUCUGCUGGAAGCCGAAGCCUGGAGGUGAGUCAGACAAGAACCUUGUUGAUAGCUGUUAUCUUGUUCCUGCUGAUGAACUCCCCCCGCCUUGUCCUCCUGGGCAUGGAGAUAAACAGGAUCAAGACCUUCGUCUGGUGUAUGAACCGUGGGAGUACACACAGUGUUGGGACCUAUAUCAAGAUGUUCUACAUCUACGGCAGGUUCUGCAACACUGUCAACAGUUCACUCAACUUCGUGGUCUACUGUGCUGGGGGGUCAGAGUUCCAGAAUACAUUCUUCGACGUUUUCCGAAUGAAGCGGAACACCCCUACUACAAACGUGGAGGGGUCCAACUCCUCUCUGGCCCUCACCAGGUUGGACACGCAGAUGGAGAGGAAACCCUCAGAGGAGGUGCAGAUGAACAGUGUUGUACAGACUACACAACUCUGAACAUAUACAUAGGAUCAGUGUACAGAAUACACAAUUCUGAACAUAUACAGUGGCUCCGUGUUCAGAGUACAGACUACACAACUCUGAACAUAUACAGAGGAACAGUGUACAGACUACACAACUCUGAACAUAUACAGAGGAACAGUGUACAGACUACACAACUCUGAACAUAUACAGAGGAACAGUGUACAGACUACACAACUCUGAACAUAUACAGAGGAACAGUGUACAGACUACACAACUCUGAACAUAUACAGAGGAACAGUGUACAGACUAC